ACCAUAGUUCAUAGUCAUGUAUAUAUAUAACAUUUGUGGUAGCCUCCUUCAGCACAAAAAUAUAGAAACCCUGACCUGAGAACACAAAAUCAUGGUGUCACCAAGUUCACACUUGGCAAUUUUAAUCCUCCUGUUAUCAGUUUCAUUGACAGCUUCAGCUUCAGUUGAAAGUUUUGUCCAAUGUCUCAGUUUCUAUUCAGACAAGGCAGCUCCAUUUUAUGCAUCAAUUUACACUCCAAAUAAUGCUUCAUUUACCAACAUCCUUGAUUUCUCUGCACAGAACCUAAGGUAUUUGGUGCCUUCAGCACCAAAACCUGAUUUUAUAUUCACACCCUUGACUGAUUCCCAUGUCCAAGUAGCUGUGAUUUGCUCAAAGAAACUUGGUAUCCAUAUGAGAGUACGAAGUGGUGGCCAUGACUAUGAAGGACUCUCAUAUGUUUCUGAAAUAGAAACCCCUUUCAUAAUCAUUGAUUUGUCUAAGCUUCGUGCCAUCAACGUUGAUAUAAAAGACAAUAGUGCUUGGAUUCAAGCAGGUGCCACUAUUGGUGAAGUCUAUUACAGAAUAUAUGAGAAAAGUGCAGUUCAUGGUUUCCCUGCUGGCCUAUGUUCCAGCUUAGGUGUGGGUGGGCACAUUACAGGAGGUGCAUAUGGAUCCAUGAUGAGAAAGUAUGGCCUUGGAGCUGACAAUGUCCUAGAUGCACAAAUUGUUGAUGCUAAUGGCACAGUCCUUGAUAGGACAGCCAUGGGGGAAGACCUAUUUUGGGCAAUUAGAGGAGGUGGAGGAGGAAGCUUUGGCAUCCUUCUUUGGUGGAAGAUAAAGUUGGUUCCUGUGCCAGAAACUGUGACAGUGUUCACAGUUACAAAGAGCCUAGAACAAGAUGCAACCAAGAUUGUUCAUAGAUGGCAGGAAGUGGCACCCAAUAUUGAUGAGGAUCUCUUCAUUAGGGUCAUCAUUCAACCAGCUACUGUUGGAAACAAAACUGAGAGAACUAUCACAACUUCUUACAAUGCUCUCUUCCUUGGUGGGGCUGAUAGACUCCUCCAAGUUAUGAAAGAAAGCUUUCCUGAAUUGGGUUUGACUAGAAAAGAUUGCUUGGAAACUAGCUGGAUCAAAUCUGUGCUCUAUAUUGCUGGCUAUCCAAAUGAUACACCCCCUGAAGUUCUACUUGAAGGAAAAUCAACAUUCAAGAACUACUUCAAAGCCAAAUCAGAUUUUGUAAGAGAACCAUUACCAGAAGCUGGGCUUCUGGGGUUAUGGCAAAGAUUGCUGGAAGAAGAUAGUCCCUUGAUGAUUUGGAACCCAUAUGGUGGAAUGAUGAACAAAUUUUCAGAAUCUGAUAUCCCUUUCCCUCACAGAAAUGGAACACUAUACAAAAUCCAGUACCUAUCUCUUUGGCAAGAUGGAGAUAAGAAUGCCUCAAAGCAUAUAGACUGGAUUAGGAAGCUUUACAAUUAUAUGACUCCUUAUGUAUCUAAGUUCCCAAGGGAAGCAUAUGUGAACUACAGAGACCUUGAUUUGGGAAUGAACAAGAAGAAUAGUACAAGCUACCUACAGGCAACUGCUUGGGGUAAUAUGUAUUUCAAGGAUAACUUCAACAGGUUGGUAAAAAUAAAGACUAAAGUGGAUCCUGAAAACGUGUUCAGGCAUGAACAGAGCAUCCCACCACUUCCAGUCUCAACUAUGAAGUUAAAAGACAAGAAAUCCAAGAACUGGGAAUAA